AUGGACGGGGACGAUCUCAUCGCCUCGGUCUACCGCAAGAUCGAGCGGGAAAAAGCCCUCAUCACCGCCGCGACCAACAUGCGACAGUCGACCGAUAACCCUUUGGUGCAACAGCGAGUCGAUGCGAAUAUUCGUGAUGGCCGGAAGAAUAUCGCUUAUCUGGAGGAAAAGAUGCGGGAGCUGCAGAUUCGCCGAAUGGAGCAGGAGGGCGGCGGUGGUUCUCCGACCGACAAACGUCUGCCACCUAACCCUGAAGACGGCCCUGCCCCUCCCCCCAAGGAUUUUGGCCAGGGUUAUGGGGACGCCUCAGGACCGUAUGCGCAGCCAGGAACCGGUUCUAUGCCGCCGGGGGCUCCUUUUAAGGACCCUCGACCAUUCGCGCCCGUACCCAAGGCUCGCCCGAAUUAUACCAAGCUUGACUUGAUAAAAUACGAUACACCUUACUUGGGCCCCAAGAUUCAGCUCAUGCUAUCCCAGCUCGAAUUUAAACUGAGCGUGGAAAAACAGUACAAGGCUGGUAUCGAAAAAAUGGUUCGCCUUUAUCAGGAUGAAGGUGACAGGAAAAGUCGUGCGGAUGCUGAGGGUCGACGGAUCGAGAGUAACCAGAAGAUCCAGCUUCUAAAGCAGGCUCUCAAGCGAUAUGAGGAUCUCCACGUUGAUAUUGAAUCAGCAGAUACCCCUGAUGAUGAAAGUUUAAGCACUCCUAACCUGCGCAAGCCUCUGACCGGUCUUUUAACAAUGCGCAUCCAAGCUGUCCAGGAUGUUGAUCAUGCUACCAGCUCGAGAUUCUCCAGAGGCCCCGAGACAUUCGUUAUUGUGAAGGUUGAGGACAACAUUAAAGCUAGGACAAAGGCGACUCGGUCCGAUCGGUGGCAGGACGAAAUUUUCAACAUUGACAUCGACAAGGCCAACGAGAUCGAGCUUACUGUGUACGACAAAUCUGGCGACCGGCCUACUCCUAUUGGCAUGCUUUGGCUGCGUAUUUCUGAUAUUGCGGAGGAAAUGCGUCGCAAGAAGAUUGAGAGCGAGUUCAAUGCUUCAGGCUGGGUCUCCGCAGAUAAGAUGGAGCACCCAGGUGGUGGUCCUGGACGAAUGGAUUCUGCUGGACCUCCAGGAUCCUCUGGGCGUCCCGGCUCCGGAGGCUAUUCAACUGCUCCAUCCCAGGGUGGGGCUACUCAAGGUGAACCGUUGAUGAUCGAUGCGUGGUUUGCCUUGGAACCAGUGGGUAGAAUCCAACUAUCAAUGAGCUUUGCCAAACAAUUGAAGGACCGGCGACCAUUCGACAUUGGUCUCAACCGUCAAGGUGCCGUUCGCCAAAGGAAGGAGGAGGUUCACGAGAAACAGGGUCACAAAUUUGUCACGCAACAGUUUUACAAUAUCAUGCGCUGUGCGCUGUGCGGUGAUUUCUUGAAAUAUGCUGCAGGCAUGCAAUGUGCCGACUGCAAAUAUACUUGCCACCGCAAAUGCUACCCAAAGGUUGUCACCAAAUGUAUCAGCAAAGCAAACUAUGAAACGGACCCCGACGAGGAGAAGAUUAAUCACCGCAUCCCACAUCGAUUCGAGAGUUUUGCCAAUAUCUCCGCCAACUGGUGUUGUCAUUGCGGUUACCUACUGCCUUUCGGGCGAAAGAGCGCCAAGCGCUGCUCAGAGUGCGGUCUUACUUGUCACGCCCAAUGCACUCAUCUUGUGCCCGAUUUCUGCGGCAUGACGAUGGAAGCUGCCAACCAGAUUAUAGACACGCUGAUCCGCGCCAAGAAUCAUAAACAGUCUGCCUCUGUCAGCUCCGGUCUUAGUGGCCAUACCCUUCGGCCUAGUGGUCCACCUCAGGCUUACUCGCCGAAACCUACCGAAGCCCCGUAUGCACCUCAACGGCAACCCUCUGCGGAAGCUGUGAGCGCCGCAGCUACUUCUUAUAUGCCCCCACAGUCUCCCACCGCCGCCCAACGACAGCAACUGCCCCCCCGAACUUCUUCAUCAAGCCCUGUCGCCGCGGCGGCUGCUGCAGCGGCCGGACUUCGCACUCAGCAGCAGAUGCCUGAUAACUCUCGUCCUGCACAACCCCCACCACCAGCCCAUGCUCAUUAUGAUCCAGCUGCAUACGCCUCCUACCAGCAACAGAGCAUGCCGCCACCGCCCAUGCAGAAGGUUACGGCACCAGCGCCUUACACCGUGCCUCCACAGCCGCAGCCGCAGCCGCAGCCGCAGCAGUCAAUGCCAAUGAUGCAACAACAGGUCGCAGUGAAAGAGGAAAUUCCCCCACAGCAGCCAAAGGUCAGAAUCGGGCUCGAUCACUUCAAUUUCCUUGCUGUUCUUGGAAAGGGUAAUUUCGGAAAAGUCAUGCUGGCAGAAACUAAGGCUACUAAGAAGCUGUAUGCGAUCAAGGUGCUCAAGAAGGAAUUUAUUAUCGAGAAUGAUGAAGUUGAAAGCACAAAGUCCGAGAAGCGAGUGUUCUUGGUUGCCAACAAGGAGCGCCACCCAUUCCUUCUCAAUCUGCAUGCUUGCUUCCAAACAGAAACUCGUGUUUAUUUCGUCAUGGAAUAUAUUAGUGGUGGCGAUCUCAUGCUGCAUAUUCAGCGAGGCCAGUUCGGCCUUAAGCGAGCACAAUUCUAUGCUUCCGAAGUUCUGCUGGCACUCAAGUAUUUCCACGAAAAUGGUGUCAUUUAUCGUGACUUGAAGCUCGACAAUAUUCUUUUGACUUUGGAUGGUCACAUCAAAAUUGGAGAUUACGGCCUGUGCAAGGAGAACAUGUGGUAUGGAUCAACCACGAGCACCUUCUGUGGUACUCCCGAGUUCAUGGCACCUGAAAUUCUCUUGGAUAAGAAAUACGGCCGAGCAGUGGACUGGUGGGCCUUUGGUGUUCUAAUCUAUCAGAUGCUCUUGCAGCAGUCUCCAUUCCGUGGUGAAGAUGAGGACGAGAUUUACGACGCUAUUCUCGCUGAUGAGCCUCUUUACCCCAUCCAUAUGCCUCGGGAUUCUGUCUCGAUUCUCCAGAAGCUAUUGACCCGUGAGCCGGAGCUGAGACUGGGCUCUGGACCUACGGACGCCCAGGAGGUGAUGUCCCACGCUUUCUUCCGGAAUGUCAACUGGGAUGAUAUCUACCACAAGCGGAUUCCCCCACCAUUUAUGCCCACCAUCAGCAACCCAACCGAUACCAGCAACUUCGACCAGGAAUUCACCAGUGUCACACCCGUUUUGACUCCUGUGCAGUCAGUUCUUUCUCAAGCUAUGCAAGAAGAGUUCCGUGGUUUCUCCUAUACUGCGGAUUUUGCUUAA